CCGGCCUCCCGCUCCCCAGACGCGGAUGGCGUCAGUGCUGGAGGAUCCUGUUUUGCUCCGUUAUUUUAAAGGCCACAAAGAUGCAGUAACCUGUGUUGCCUUCAGUCCAAAUACUAAAGUAAUUGCCACAUCUUCUUUGGACAGGUUUCUUAUGAUAUGGAAUCUAAGGCCAAAUUCCAAAGCUUUCAGAUUUGUUGGUCACAUGGAAGGUGUAACUAGUGUAGAGUUUUCACAAGAUGGACAGCUGAUAGCAUCUGCUUCUCAAGACAGGACAGCCAGACUUUGGAUUCCUUGUAUUCACGGCGAAUCCACACCAUUAAAAGGCCAUACUGCAUCAGUCCGCAGUGUGAACUUCUCACAUGACAGCCAAUUCCUAGUUACUGCAUCCAAUGACAGAUUAAUCAAAGUAUGGAGUAUAUAUAGUCAGAGUGUUUUGUUUACCUUACAUCAGCACACUCACUGGGUGCGCUGUGCAAAAUACUCACCUGAUGGUAGAAUAAUAGUGUCCUGCAGUGAAGAUAAAACUGUUAAAGUCUGGGAUGUAAGAAACAAAACAUGUGCUUAUAACAUAAUAGACCGUGAUGGAUUUGCAAACUAUGUAGACUUUAAUCCUGAUGGUACAUGCAUAGCUUGUGCAGGUUCUGAUCACACAGUGAAGAUAUGGGACAUUCGAACAAACAAGUUACUGCAGAAUCAUCAAGUCCACAGAGCUGCCAUUAAUUAUACAGCUUUCCAUCCUUCUGGUAAAUAUCUCAUCACAGCCUCUACUGAUGGUACCGUUAAGAUCAUAGAUCUUUUAGGAGGAAGACUCUUGUACACACUUCAUGGACAUGAGGGACCUGUCCUCUCUGUAGCCUUUGCAAAAGGUGGGGAAACAUUUGCCUCUUGUGGUAUAGACACAAAGGUGUUGUUGUGGAAGACUAAUUUUGAUGUAUUUGAGUAUAAAAAAGUUCUUAAGAAGCAUAUGCAGAGGAUACACAUCGAUGAACCCCCUCACCUUCUUGAUAUUUACCCACGAUCUCCUCAUCGCCAUGAUGUAACACCACAGUCAGUUGAGAUAAAUCCCAGCUAUGAUGUAACUGAUAUGCGAACAUUUGACCCAACUGUCAUAGAUAUUAGCUCUUCAUCUUCUAGUUCUCAGAUAUCCUCAGCAAAGGCAAGUCCUCCGCAGGCUCAUCGUUCCAUGUCCCAAGAUGUGGUAAACAACAAAGAUUCUCAGCAACCUCCUGCUUUACCCUCUGCAACCAUGUCAAAGAGGAUGUCACAAAUGGAAAGCAAGUACUUGGUGCAUGCUGAGGAUGAGCCGGUAGGCAUUUCACCAGUUCUGAGUAAUGCCUUGGAGCAUAUUGUGGAGCAGCUAGAUGUUCUGACUCUGACUAUCUCAAUCUUGGAGCAGCGCCUGACUUUGACUGAAGAUAAACUGAAAGAGUGUUUAGAAAACCAAGAGAAAAUACUACUUUCAGUCGGAAAUGAAAAUAAACAAUACCAAUGCUGGUGAACGUUUUUAAUACUUUCUCAGGGCAGCACAAGUGGCAGUCUGACAGGAUACA